GGCGAAGCCCGCAGGGUUUAUCCGCGCGGCGAAUUGCCCCUAUCCUCCCCCUUGGAAAGUGUUCCCUGCAGAGCCCCAUGAAUGGCGGGGAGGGCCACCCUAGGCUCAGCUAGUGGAAGUGUUAAAGACAUCUUUGUUGGUGCAAGAAAUGGACAAUAUAGGCUUUUAAAAAUAGUCAUUGAUAAUGAGCAGCUUGUUGUGGGAUCCUCUAGACGGCCAGUUGGAUCAUGGGAAAAGGAUUACGAUUGCUUUGUCCUUCCCCUUCUUGAAGACAAGCAACCAUGUUAUAUAUUAUACAGAUUAGAUUCUCAGAAUGCUCAAGGAUAUGAAUGGAUCUUUAUUGCAUGGUCACCUGAUCACUCUCCUGUUCGUCAAAAAAUGUUAUAUGCAGCAACCCGAGCAACACUUAAGAAAGAAUUUGGAGGUGGUCACAUUAAGGAUGAAGUAUUUGGAACGGUACAGGAUGAUGUUUCACUGAACGGAUAUAAAAAAUAUUUGAUAUCACAAUCCUCCCCUGCACCCUUGACUGCAGCAGAAGAGGAACUUCGACAAAUUAAGAUUAAUGAGGUACAGGCAGACGUUGGUGUAGACACCAAGCAUCAAACAUUGCAAGGAGUAGCAUUCCCCAUUGCUAAAGAAGCUAUUCAGGCUUUGGAGAAAUUGAAAAAUAAGAAACUCAAUUAUGUACAGCUGCAAAUUGAUAUGAAAAAUGAAACUAUUAUUUUGGCCAACACACUUGAUACUGAACUUAAGGACUUGCCAAAAAGAGUUCCAAAGGAUGCUGCGCGUUACCACUUUUUCCUGUAUAAGCACACACAUGAAGGAGACUAUUUGGAAUCCAUAAUUUUCAUCUACUCUAUGCCAGGGUAUACCUGUAGUAUACGAGAACGAAUGCUCUACUCUAGUUGCAAAAGUCCACUGUUAGAAAUUGUAGAAACACAGUUGUGGAUGCAGAUAAUUAGAAAGAUUGAAAUUGAUAAUGGUGAUGAGUUAACUGCUGACUUUCUUUAUGAAGAGGUUCAUCCAAAACAACAUGCUUACAAACAGAGUUUUGCUAAACCAAAAGGUCCUGCGGGGAAGAGGGGAAUACGAAGACUGAUCAGAGGUCCAGCAGAGACUGAAACACCUAGUGAUUAGAAACUGUUGUUUAUAUUUGUUAAACUAUUACAGUAGGAAACUAAUUUCUGGCUUUUGGUAAUGAACUGAAAUCAUUCCAUUAAUAGAUUCUAGUGGGGAAAAAGGCUCUUUUUACUCUUCUCUUUUCUGACCUCAACACUUUUUAUAUUGUUACAUGAUUAUAUUUGUUGACCAUGUUUUAUGACAUGUAGAAGAGCUAAUUAUUUUAAAGCUAUAAAAGUAAGACUAAGCUAGUACCCAUUUAUUUUAAUUUAGAAUCCAUUAUUUAAUAGUUGUACAUGUGAUCAUAAACUUUACAGACAUAAGACUAUGAAACUCAUGUAUUCUGUGGGCAAGUUGCAGCCGUAUUCUUAUGCACAGCCUAUUGAAACAUGUAAGACUUUCCAUAUAAAGA